AUGGUCAACCGUUCAGACGUGAACUACUUCGGUGCGGGGCCUGCACCCCUCCCCACCACGGUGCUGGAGCAGGCAUCCCAGGUGCUUCUGAACUACAGGGACAAAGGUAUCGGCCUCUGCGAGAUUUCCCACCGGUCGCCCGAAGCGAACGAGAUUCUGGCCGAUGCGAAGCAGGCCCUCACUACGCUGCUCGAUAUUCCCGACGAUUAUGAGAUCCUCUUCCUCCAGAGCGGCGGCAGCGGCGAGUUCAGUGCGACCGUGUACAACCUCGUCGCGAUAUGGGUCGAGAAGAAGCGCGCAAAGAUUGCCGCAGAGGUCGGUGACGAUCAAGAAGAGGUGCUCAAGCGGCUGCGAAAGGUCGUCGACGAGGAGCUGAAGCUCGACUAUUUGGUCACCGGCUCGUGGUCGCUCAAGGCCUCGCAGGAAGCUGCACGUUUGAUCGGCGCGCAACACGUCAACGUCGCCACGGAUGCACGAAAGGCCAACGGUGGAAAGUUUGGCGUGAUCCCGCCCGAAGACCAGUGGAGCCUCACACCUCGAACGUCGGGUGGUGGGCCAGCCCUAGCAUACUUCUGCGACAACGAGACGGUCGAUGGCGUGGAAUUCCCCGCCUUUCCGAAGAGCCUCGAAGGUGACGAUGCCCCUCUGGUCUGCGCAGACAUGUCCUCCAACUUCAUCUCGCGGAAGGUCGACGUGCGAAAGUAUGCCGUCAUCUUCGGCGGCGCCCAGAAGAACAUCGGCAACACGGGUAUUGCCAUUGUGAUAAUUCGCAAGUCCUUGCUCCCGCCUCACUCCACACCGGCCUCGCCCGAUCUGUUGAGGCAGCUCAACCUGUCUGUGGGUCCCAUCGUGCUUGACUAUCCCACCAUUGCCAAGAACAAUUCCCUCUACAACACACUACCCAUCUUUGAUGUGUGGGUCGCUGGCCAGGUCAUGUCCGGCCUCGUCAACACGUAUGGCACGAAGCGCAUCGGAGGUCAACAAGAGAUCUCGGAUGAGAAGGCCCGCCUGAUCUAUGACACUCUUGACAAAUACUCGGAUGUUUACCGGGUAGUACCGGACAAGACGGUCCGCAGUAGAAUGAACAUCUGCUUCAGGGUCCACGGUGGAGACGCUGACAAGGAAAAAGCAUUCCUUGCAGGUGCUGAGAAGUUGGGUCUGCUUGGACUCAAGGGCCACCGCAGUGUGGGAGGUAUCCGGGCAAGCAAUUACAAUGCCGUGUCAUUAGACGGCACGAAGAAGUUGGUAGCUUAUCUUGAAGACUUCACGAAGUCAUGA